GCGAGGCUGGCAGGAACCGGAAGCUGGCAGGAAGCGGGGCCCGGUGGUAUUUUCUACGUGUUGCUGAGGUGGCACCGAGGCCUGUUGACCGGAAGCUGGCAGGAAGCGGGGCCCGGUGGUAUUUUCUGCGUGUUGCUGAGGUGGCGCCAAGGCCUGUUAGCCGGAAGCUGGCAGGAAGCGGGGCCCGGUGGUAUUUUCUGCGUGUUGCUGAGGUGGCGCCGAGGCCUGUUAGCCGGAAGCUGGCAGGAAGCGGGGCCCGGUGGUAUUUUCUGCGUGUUGCUGAGGUGGCGCCGAGGCCUGUUAGCCGGAAGCUGGCAGGAAGCGGGGCCCGGUGGUAUUUUCUGCGUGUUGCUGAGGUGGCGCCGAGGCCUGUUAGCCGGAAGCUGGCAGGAAGCGGGGCCCGGUGGUAUUUUCUGCGUGUUGCUGAGGUGGCGCCGAGGCCUGUUAGCCGGAAGCUGGCAGGAAGCGGGGCCCGGUGGUAUUUUCUGCGUGUUGCUGAGGUGGCGCCGAGGCCUGUUGGCUGGAAGCUGGCAGGAAGGCGGCAGCAUUAUAGGGAAUUCACUGAACAGACAUAUUUAUUACUAGUUGUUGCUGGCUUAUAUAAAUGAAGAUUAUAUGUGACUAGUCAAGCCGAUUACAGUUAUCCAUGUCAGCAUACUUUCUCGAAAUCAAGCCAAAUGCUGUAGAUUGAUAACUUGAGAUGUAGGGACUAUACCAUUCUAGGCUUCAACAGUUUUUCUUUAGUCGACAUGAUCUUUCGGAUUCAUAGGGAAAUUAUCUUCAGAACUAGUAGAAAAGUCACUUAGAGGUAAAAGUUGAUGCUCUAUGGAAGCAGAAGAAGACCGUGGAAGUGACCUCAGGCUAGAAGAGAUCUGGUCCAGUCCCAGUUUUACCUGGUGAGGUUGGUCAGCUGUCUUCGCCCCUGUUUUCAUGUCUGUCAGAGAUGAGAUAGACUCAGAUGAGCAAUGAUAUCUGCUUGAACACUGAGACAUUGUGAAGGUAGAAGCAUCUUAGAUGAAUCCGGAAACGAGGCGGAAGUGCCAGACACCAGUUUGGCUGAUUGUAUACAGAGGGAGUCGACGAAAAUCAGGGGAAUGGUAGGUUAGCCCCAGGUGAUGUAGGACUUUGGAUGGAAUUUGAACUUAUUCUGGAGCAAUGAGUAUGCAAGGACAAGUUUUUGAGAUAAGGGAAUGCAGUAAUUACCGUUUUGAAAGUUCAGGGAGUAUGGUAAUCAGUUUUGAAAGACUGCCCAAACAGCAGUUGGUAGGAUGACUUAGAGAAAGGAGAGAUUGUGAAGUUUAGCUCUUGCCUCCAGGUUAUGAUGGCAAAUCACCUUGUAAAACCUGAUACUAGAAAUUGCAAGAGACCAAGAGAGUUGGAGCCUCAAAUGCCAGAUAGUCCACAACUGUCCUCUCUUGGAAAAUCAGAUUCCUCUUUCUCUGAAAGCUCUGGACUAUUUGAUAAAGAUGAAUCCCUGGAGAAAGAUUUGAAUGAUAUGAGCAAGGAAAUUAAUCUAAUGUUGUCUACAUAUGCAAAGAUUUUAAGUGAGAGAGCAGCAGUAGAUGCUUCUUAUAUCGACGAGAUAGAAGGACUCUUCAAAGAAGCCAAUACUAUUGAAAACUUUCUAGUACAAAAAAGAGAGCUCCUGAGACAGAGAUUUACAGUUAUUGCAAAUACACUACACAGUUAAAAGUUGUGUACUUAAAAUAAGCUGAUAAUUUAAACCCAUUAUUGUUGUAAGGAAAGAAUGACAUUUAUGCUCUGAAAGCUCUAGAAAAUGUAUACCUUAAACAUAGAAGGGGAAACACCUUGAAUUUCUUUUCUAGACUUAAAGGGAGCUUUAAACUGGAUAUUAAUACCUUUUCUUUUGAGGGUCAACUCUUUGGUGUAGUUUAUAAAAGUGUAAAUUAUUUAAAUUAUUAUUGAUUCUUUUUUUUUAAAACUCCUAGUCUUCAACUUCUAAAAGAGGAUGCAAUGAGUUAAUUUGAUAAUGUUUAACAAUAUUGUACUUUUUUGGGGAAUAUUUUAUUUAAGUAGAAGAUAGCAUUGGAGAUAGUUUUAAAAUGUUUUUCAUGGUUAGUAUUAUAAAAAAAUUAAAACCUAAAUGUGAUUUGUUCAGUUUCUCAAUAUGUAGAAAACUAUAUGUGCUCUUACUAUUUAAUAUAAUCAUUUGAUUAUUUCACUAUUAGUUAUUAUACAUGAUUAAUAAAAGUAUUUUGUUUAAAAUUA